AUGGAUCCCCUGGGAGAAUCGCCCUGGGCCGACGCCCCUGCCCAAGCACCCCCCUCCGAACCUCAGGCGGCCGGAGACAGCGAUACCACCAAGCCAGCUUCAGAUGCAGCACCUUCUGCCACGACUAGUUCCGGCCCCAGGCCUUCUCGUCUGACACCCCGUCGCCUUGUUGCGCAACCGACCAAGCUUCAAGCCGUCGAAGAUGACCCCUUGGGGCCGCUCGGCGCCGCGGAGCCGGCGAUAUCUGCUACCGAAGGCGAGCCGCCGAUGCCUCCGCAGAAAGAGCCACCUGCGCCCGCUGCCAUGUCAUCGACGCUACCCGUGCGCACGAUGAUGUCCCCAGGCCAGCAGCAACACCAACAGCAGAGAAGGGCCGAUCCACACCGUGUUGACGACGACGACGAUGGAGAUGAGAGGCUGGGAAGCUCAAGCGGAAGAGCACCACCUCCGGUACAGGUCGCUACGCCCGUGCAAGGAAGAGGCGCCGGACCGCCGAGUGUCAGUGUUGAGCAAGCGGCCAAGCCCACCUUCACCAUCACGGUCGGGGAUCCGCACAAGGUCGGCGAUCUGACUAGCAGUCAUAUCGUGUAUGCUGUGCGGACAAAGACUACAUCCAAGGCCUACAAGCAAUCCGAGUUCGAGGUCAAGAGAAGAUACCGCGACUUCCUAUGGCUCUAUAAUACUCUGCAUGCGAAUAACCCGGGAAUUGUUGUACCGCCUCCCCCAGAGAAGCAGGCCGUCGGUCGAUUUGAAACCAACUUUGUUGAGGCACGACGUGCGGCUCUCGAAAAGAUGCUCAACAAGACUGCUGCGCAUGCUACAUUGCAACAUGAUGCGGAUCUCAAGCUGUUCCUGGAAAGCGAGUCUUUUAACGUGGACGUCAAGCACAAGGAGCGGCGGGAACCAAAUCUCGGGGAGAGUAAGGGCAUGUUCAGCUCGCUCGGCCUAGGUGGCUCAAGUAGCAAGUUCGUGGAGCAAGACGACUGGUUCCAUGAUCGUCGGGUGUAUCUCGACGCUCUCGAAAGCCAACUCAAAGGCCUCCUCAAGGCCAUGGAUACAAUGGUGGCUCAGCGCAAGUCAAUGGCAGAAGCAGCCGGCGACUUCUCGGCUUCUCUGCACGCGCUGUCAACCGUUGAGUUAUCACCGACCCUUUCCGGCCCCUUGGAGGCCCUAUCAGACUUACAGAUCACCAUCCGCGACGUGUACGACCGACAGGCGCAACAGGAUGUCCUCACUUUUGGGAUCACCAUUGAAGAGUAUAUUCGACUGAUUGGAAGUGUCAAGCAAGCGUUCGGACAACGUCAGAAGGCCUUCUAUGCUUGGCAUGCUGCGGAGUCAGAGAUGCAGAAGCGCAAGGCUAAUCAGGACAAACUCCUCCGACAGGGCAAGUCUCAGCAGGACCGGCUGAACCAGGUCAGCGCCGAGGUUGCGGACUCCGAGAGGAAGGUUCACCAGGCGCAUUUGCUUUUUGAGGAUAUGGGACGGCUGUUGAGACAAGAGCUGGAUCGCUUCGAGCGGGAGAAGGUGGAGGACUUCAAGAGCGGCGUGGAGACGUUUUUGGAGAGUUCAGUUGAGGCACAGAAGGAGCUCAUCGAGAAGUGGGAGACGUUCCUCCUGCAGUUGGACUCAGCAGAUGACGAGAGCGUCUUCUACAAGCCACCUGUGUUCCAACCAGCGGGCGGUAACAGACCAACUGGAGACACUGCGGUCGACCGAGCCCGGGCCCGCAUCGAUGAGGAUUCUGACUAG